UGGGAGGUUCCGCGCGCUGAUCUGGGCUGGAAGGGCAUGGAUUGGGCUGCACUCGUAAGCGCUGGCUCGAUGGGCGAGGCUCAGGCUCGAUGAACAGAGGAAAGACACAGCGCACCGCCUCUGACAUUGCGGGCAUCUGCGGUCAUGAUCUCGUGCUGCUGGUGGUGGUGAUGAUGGUCAUACUCAGCGGCGUGGUUGCGGCCGGUCUGUCAACUCCCUCCUCAACCUCUUCCUUUAUCGCCCAUCCAUCUCUUGUGCCAUCAAGCGGCAGCAACGACCUACCGCAUCGCCACGACAGACGGCCUGGACACACUGGUCUGUCAGCAACAGUUCAUCACCCACCCCGGCCGCCACAGCCACAGCCACAAGUGGUCCCAUCGCCAUCGCCGCAUCCACCUGAGCGUCACUGGCCGUCGCCACUCAAGGUGCUGCGAGACCGUCGGAAGCAGCAGAAGGCUUCCCGUGAGAUGUCUGAGCGGACCCCCGUGUCCAUCACCCUCUAUGCCGCCCACACGGCAGCCGGGCAGGGCAACGCGGCUGAGGCGCUGCGGCAACUGUCGCUGGCUUGUAACUACACGGCCAGUGCUGUCAAGCUGCAGACGUCCUUCCUCCCCGCCUGCAGCCGCAUCCUCAAGACACUCGUGGAGCGGUGCGGCCUGCAGGCGGGGCUCGACGCGCUCGACGUCAUGGAGCGUGCGGCCAUCAAGCCGGAUGCGCCGAUUUUCACCAUCCUGAUAGCCAGGCUGGGGGCGGCCAGGCAGGUGCGGGCGGUGGAGAGGGUGUGGGAGCGGGUCAGGGGGAGCGUGCAGGUGGACCUGCGGCUGUACAAUGCCUACAUGGCCGCCAUGGCCAAGUGUGGCCGCGUGAAUGAGGUCCUAAAGGCAUUCAAAGAGGUAGGUAUGGUAUGCAGCAAGUCAUAAUGAAUGAAGACAAACAAGAGAGGCCGAAGGAUCAGCAUGUGUGUGUGUGUGUGUGUGUGUGUGUGGUGUCAUAUAUAUAGAUGGAGGCGUCGGGGCUGCGUGGUGACGUGGUGAGCUUCUGCUCUGUCAUGAACGCACACGCCAAGACGGGAGACUUCGCCAAGUCAGUCAGUGAGGGAAGGAAGAACAUAAGCACAUCAGUCAACAGCGCAGCACAGCCAUGUAGGUCUUCUCGCUUCGCUUGUGUGUCAUUCCUCUCUUCUUCCCUCUCUGUGUGGGCUGGGCAACAUAUAUGAUAGGGCCAACGACACAUUCGCUUUGAUGGUGUCGCGUGGAGUGUCGCCCAACGAGCGGGCCUACUCCAUACUCAUCGACGCGUACGCGCAGUGGGGACACGUUGACAAGGCUUUCCAAGUGCUGCAGGACAUGGUGAAUGACCCCACACACACAUGGACAUGGACAUGGACAUGGACAUGGACACACAUAUAUCAGCAACUGGUGAAUGCGGUUGUCUCUCUUGGUGUGUUUGGUUCUGUCUGUCUGUUUAGGAGAGCCGUGCGGAGGACGGGAGCAGCUGCAUGCCCAAUGCGGUCACCUAUUCGUCGCUCAUCAAGGCCUGUGGGCGGGGCGGGCAGGUCAACCUCGCCAUACAAACAUUCACCCGAAUGAAGAAUGCGGUAGGUAAUUGUGUGUGCACGUCACUCAAAGAUGUUGGUCUGGUUUGGUGUGGGUGUGGUUGUGGUUUGGGCAGGGUAUCGAGCCCAAUGUGGUGACGUGGACGGCCCUGAUUGACGCGUGCGGCAAGGGUGGCCGCAUCGACCUCGCACACGCGCUGUUCCACGAGAUGAUCAACAGAGGGGUGCCGCCAAACAUGUAAGACAUCACGUCACAUCGCGUAGAGAGAGGGAGGGAGGGAGCACAGACAGCAACGGCAGGCAAGGCAAGGAGGAUAAGCGAAUUCCUCGUUUCCAAUGGCCGUCGGCCCCACCGGCAGGCAGCCAAUGAGGCCAAAUACUCAUCAUCACUUUGAACUGAGCCUCACUCAUACGUCUUUGUGUCCACCUGUAGCAAGCAUGUUGACACAUGUGGAUGCAUCGCCCCUACGUGCCUCCCUCCCUGUGUGUGUCAGGGUGACGUGCAGUGCCAUGAUUUCGGCUUUUGUCAAGAAGGGCGAGAUGGACAUCGCCUUCGAGGUGAAGGAAAGAAAAUUCACAAAGAGGAAUGAAUCCCUCUGUCUACGUCUGUUGCCCCACCGGCGCAUCUGUCUGUCUGUGUGUCUGUGUGUGGCACACACAGGUGUUCGACUACAUGCGGGACGCGGGCCUGAGGCCUUCACAGGUCACCUAUGGAUCGCUCCUGCACGCAUGUGUCAGCAGGGGAGAGGUCGAACGGGUGGGCAAGGCAACCCCACAACACAACCAACCGCCAAAACACACAUCCAUCCAACGAGUGUCUGUCUGUUUAUGUGUCUGUCUGUGUCUGUCAGGCGGCAUCGUUGGCUCAGUUUAUGAAGGACCACGACGUCAGCAUUCAGUCCAAUCUCACACGGCCCCUCAUGCAGUCAGUCACACACACCACACAAUAUCAGGACUCUCCCCCACUCGCCGGCCUCUCUCUCUCUCUGCCUGUGUCUGCCUGUGUCUGUCUGUGUGCCAUGCAGGAUGUUCAGCCAGGCGCGUCUGUUGAACCGUGCCUUCGACAUGUUCGAGCGCAUGAUCCAGCAGCGGCAGGCCCCCGACCAGGCCACACUGCAGACCCUCUUCGACGCCAUCGACACCGGCAGGGAGCUGAACCGCGCCGCAGAGCUUUUCGGCCGCAUGCGGGAGUCCACCCACAUCAGCCGCGUGACGUAUAGUGCGGUGCUGGGGGCGUGCAGGCGGGCCAGGACGAUCGUCAAGGCAUUCUUGCUCUUCAAAGACAUGAUGGUGGGGGGGGAGCUUGUCGAGACACCCGUAGCGGGCGGCUCAUGUGUGUGUGAGUGCAUCUGUCUGUGUGGGUGUUUGUUGUGUGCAGGCUGCCGGUGUGACGCCUGGCGAGUCGGAGUAUCUUUCGCUCAUGGAGGCCUGCAGGGAGGUCAAAGACUUCGAGUCAGCCAUCGAGGUGAUCGAAUAGAAAGACUUACAUCGAAUAGAAAGACUUAAACAGCGAGGAAAUGAGCACAUGAGGUUUGAGCAAAUGAGGGCACCUGACCUUACUGCGUUCUGCUGGCCUCUCUGUUUGUGUGUGUCAUGACACAUCACACACACAGGUGUUUGCUGACGCCAAGCAGCAGGGCGUGCAGCCGGACGUCCACAUGUACACGGCCCUCAUGCGGACCGUCAGCGACGAGUUCAGACGCAGGGCGGCCCGCAAGCUCAACAGACACAGACAAAUCGCCGACACUCCCAUCACGGAGCCAUCGCAGACACCCGACACUUCCCUCGAUCGACUCCCUCCAUCCCCAUCCCCCGCCCAAUUCCCGUGGAACGCCGCCAUGUCUUCAGUCGACCUGCGGCAAGGCAAGAAGCUGAGCCCUCCGCGUGACGUGCUGGACAGAAGGAAGAAGCGGGCGGAACCGUCUCCACCAGAGCGACGAGUUGAGGCUGAGGCCCUCCCGGCCUCCGCGCCACCCUCUGUGGCUUUAGGUCUGUCCCGCCCCCGCCUGCGUCACCUUGACAGCAUGGCUUAUUCGCUGGAGGAGCAGCACUACUACCGCGAGAAUCUCUUUCGCAUCUUCUUGGUGUUCCAGGAGAUGCAGAGCAGCGGCGUGCAGCCCGACCUGUGUGCCUACAACACGCUGCUGGACGCCUGUGGCCGGGCGGGAGAAGUCGAAAAGGCAAUGGAAGUCUUCAAAAGGUCAGCCAGUCCUUGGCUGGCUGUUCCUGAGUCGUGUGUGAAGUGAAUCGACCGUCCCUCUCUCUCUCUCUCUCUCUCUUUGUUUAUGUGCAGGCUGGUGUCAGAGGGUCUGGAGCCCGACUACGUGACCUACACCACGCUGAUCAAAACGUUCGGCAUAGCCGGCAUGGUGGACCGUGCAGAAGAGGUCUUCACGGCCAUGCAGCAGCGCACCAACCACUUCGCCAGCUGCGUGCUGCCCAGCGAGCUCACCUUCAAGCAGCUCAUGCUGGCCAACCGCAAUGCGUACCGACUCAGGCGGGUGUUCGAGCUCUUUGACAUGAUGCAGAGGCAGCACGGCAUCCGGCCGACACUGAGGACGGGGGCGAUCGCCAUUCAGCUGGCGUGUGAGGUCAAGCAGGUCGAGAGGGCCUUGGACAUCUACCGCACUCUCACAGUGAGGGCAGUGAGUGCUGGUGGGGAGGGGCGAAUGAAUGGAUGAACAGAUGCCGUAUCACUGUGUGUGUGCCCCAUCAGGCGAAUCGGGUGCGUUUGGACAAUCGGUCGCUGCACGCGCUGCUGUCUCUUCUCAACGAGAAGGGCCUCCACGACAUGGCCAGCCGGAUACGGCAGCAGCGAAGCCUCAUGUGACCGACGAGAGAGAUCGGUGCGACGUAGCCGGCCAGCCUUCUCCACGUACUUAUCAGUUUUCCAUCUGCUGGCUGGUGCGGUGUCUUGUGGUGUGCCCCACCCCAAAGGGAAGACGAGACACACACACAUGACAGACAGACACAGCCAGCGGAUGCACUCUCACACAGAAACAGGCUGGCUGGCUGCAUGCACGGGCAGAGAGAGAGAGAGAAAUACGUGGGGCGUUGUGUUGUGUUAUGGUCCGUUUAAUGAAGCCCGAUUGUUUGGUUUUGUCGGACGAGGGAAGGAUGGCGCUUUUCCUUAGUAGGGGGAGGAGGAGGGCUCUGUGUGUGUGUGUGUGCUGUCCCUCUAUAGUAGAUAGAGAGGUCGAUGGAUGGCGAGAUUGCAUGCCAUGUCACGUACGUACAGACUACAGUCUCACAGAAACCGGUAUGUAAAAGUGAAGACAAGUCAUGUCAG